CUAGAAAGUGCUUCUGCAAACUCUGUUACCAUGGAGCGAGGAUUUGGUUAUGUUGUUGUCCAGAUGCCUUCUGGACCUAUGUACCUCGAAGACAGCGGGGUAGGGGAUCUUGAUGUAGGUGUGAUUUGUAAGGAGCUUGGUUAUGAUGUCUCAUAUAAAAUAAACCCAGAUUCCACGACAGGAUAUUCAAGGAACUCUGAUUAUGGGAUGUUGGUAAAGGACUAUAACUGUGUUGGAACCGAAGCUUCACUACAAGAAUGUCCUUCUGUUGAUAUGCAAAGUGGAACUCAAAAAGCGGCAGUAGUUUCCUGUUCAAUUACAAAUACAAUAGCAGAUUAUACGGUACGUUUGGCAACCAACAAUGUGGUUGAAAUCUACCACCAGAGCACAUGGGGAGUUAUCUGCGGUGAAACAUUUAGUAAAACCGACGCCAAAGUCAUUUGUGCCGCUUUAGGGUUUGAUGGUUCUGAGAUAUUAGCAGUUAAUUUACAGGAAUUGUACACAGUAUGGAUUACGAGCUUAAAUUGCGGUGAUUCGGAUAGAUCCCCAGCUGCUUGUCCCGUGACUUUGUGGACAGUUAAUGAUAAUAUCUGUUUAUCUAUAGCUGCUGUUAGAUGUUAUGAUCAAAAUAAAGAUGGCGUUUAUCGUUUUGUAAAUGGAGGAGGAAAUAUUCUUGGUAACCAUUUCGUGGAAAGAAGUAGUGAGAACCAGAAAGGCCUGCUUGUUGUUGAUGAUAUCGACCAGAAUGCUGUUUGUGUUAAUCUCGGGUAUAAAGGUGGGAGUAUGUACGAUUUACCCAGUCCUGGAUUACUACCAACUAACCAAGCUUAUUGGACAGCUACAGCAAAAGAUGGUUCUUCAUUUUCAUCCAUAGAAAGUUCUGUUAAUAAUGAUUGGCAACGCGUAACAGGAAAGGUGUUGGGUAAUCUGAAGAUAACAGUCUGCUACAACACAGCUUACCUACAAGGAAAUGGUUAUGCCGGUUUAGUUAAGUAUAUAGUGAACGGAAACCAAGGACUGAUAAGUAAAGCAUCAUUAAACCAGGUCGAAAUCAAUCUCAUCUGUUCACACUUGGGAUUUAGUAAAGGUGGCAGUACUGUACCUGCAGCGAUGUUUAAGUCAGAUUAUGAUAAUGGUGAUAUAUAUGACCUGAACUGUGACCAGACGCCUAAAAAUUUAAGCACCUGCACCACAACUCGAGUUACUGAUACAACGAACAUCAAAGUUGCUGCAAUUUCUUGUCGACUCGAUAACGCAUUACCAGUUGGAGACAUGGGUAUUUUCUUAAACAAAAAGGGUAUUGUUCAUGUAAACAAAGAUGAAUUACCAGGACGAAUAUGCAACAGUGAUAGUUGGAAUGAUAAAGCGGCAUCCGUCGUGUGUAAACAGCUAGGAUUUGAUACAGCUAUACUCUCCACAGAACGUACCGAAUACGACAAUGGGAAUCCUCCUGUUUGGUUUAAAUCUGUCACAUGCCAGGGAACAGAAUCUUCCAUAAAAGACUGCACGUUGGUUCCUAUUUCUGAGACCGACCAAAAUUGCGAAAAGGUUGCAGCAGUGAUGUGCUAUAACAUGGCUGACAAGGCAACAUUUAGUUUGGUGGACGGAAAUUCUAGAUUUGGUAGAGUAAAGAUAACACGGGAUGGUAAAGAGGGUUUCUUGUGUUUGGCUAAAAUGGAUGAAGAAGAAGCUGCUACUAUCUGUAAGGAACUAGGAUUCCAAGACGGUGACGAAUGGUCCAUGGCGCCUGUGGUGGCAGCCGGUACCUCUUGGUGGUCAGUUUCUACUAAUUGUGGUGGUGAUUCAGAAGUCAUUGAAAGUUGUGAAGGACAAAAUUGGGAAUAUGUGACACCUUCAAACCCUUCUACCAGUGACUGCUCCUGGAAAACGGCUGCUGUUUAUUGUUACAGUAGAGUCCGUUUGGAAACUGCACCGUAUCUAUCCUAUGGAGUUGUGAGAAACUCGCUAACCAAAGCUAGAUUUAGCUCUAACUCAUUUGGUGAAAAGGAAGCUACGAUUGGAUGUAAAGAAAUGGGAUUUCCUAAAGGAGGUAAAGUGUUUCCCUCAGGAACCUUCAAGAAAUCAAAGACACCCAUUGCAAUUCGCUGUGCUGGUACUGAACAGUCGUUAUUGGAUUGUCCUGUGAUUAAUGAAGUAACUGAUGAGAAUUUGUUUGCUUCUGUAUCUUGUACUACGGACGAAGUUGUUCCAGCUGAAGGUUCAAUGAAAAUUAACGAUGAUUAUCGAUUGCUGAUUGUGAGAAACGGUGUUUGGGGCGGCCUUUGUGCUGAAAGCUGGACAACCAACGAUGCUGCUGUUGUGUGUCGACAACUCACGGGAUCUGGGGGCAAGGCAACAAAGCGGGGCAAGUCAGAUGUGAAAUAUGCCACAUUUAAGGAACCUUGGACAUGCAGUGGUAGCGAGAGUAAAUUAAGUGAUUGUGAUGUGGAUUCAUCAGCAAUAGAUCAAGCUUGUGCUGAUUAUGCUACUGUGUAUUGUGAUAAUCAACAGGUUACAGCGGAAGAUAAAAUGGUAUAUAACCUGCCACCAGGAGUCGUAAUUAAUCAAGCCACUAGUAGUAGUCCAGCAACAGCCGCGAGUACACCAGUCUCGAAUGCUCCAGUCACUAAUACCCCAGUCUCUAAUGUACCAAUGACUAGUAUACCAGUUACCGGUCAAACAGGAAAAGGAACUAAUGACGGUAAUGGCUCAAAUCCAACUCGAACAGCUACAGGAUUCUGGUUUAUGACGAUGAUGAUGGUGACGAUAAUGACAUAUCUCCAGAAAUAUAUUUUGUUAUAAUUUAAAAUGUUUAUAAAAGUAUGUCCUGGUGCGUUAUUUGUAUUCUGUUCAUUGUAAGGCAAUUUGUUGUAUUUUAAAUAAUUUGAUUUGUUUGAUGUAAAUAUUGUAACUUUUCCAGUAUGAAUAAUCUGUGAAUCUUUUUAUGAAAAGAAUCUAUGAUAUAUACCUCAUCAAAAUAUACUCUUCAUUUUUAAAAUGUGCUUAUA